CUCGACGACCUCGCAGCGCUACGCAACGCCCUCCCCACACCACGCAAAAUGACCGCCCUCGACUACACCCUCGGCGUCUCUCUUAUUGUCGUCCACAUCCUCGCCCUCCUCCCGCCCCCCACGCGUGCAUGGCGCCUCGUCCGCGCCGCCCUCGCCCCCUUCAUCGCGGCCACUUGGGUCUGGCUGGGCUACGUCCCGCUCUCUCCCAAGUCACAAGAUCGAUGGGGCGUACAGCUGCUAUUCUGCUGCUUUGCAUUCCGCGCACUAGAGCACCUCGUCGUCUUCACCCCCGAGUUCGAGGUGUACCGGCUGCGUCCGGCCCCGCCGACACCUCCCAACGGAAAGCGCGGCAAGCUGAUAAAGCACGCGCGGCACCCCAAGCUCGAGCCCGAGCCGGUCCCGGCGCCGUGGACGUGGGCCAAGCUCGACUGGGCGACGAGCCUGUGGUGGUCGUGGCGCGGCAUCGGGUGGAACUACGCUCCGCCGCUCACAGAGUCACAGAUGCGGUAUCCUUCCGCGUAUGAUACACCCCGUGCCCAGCAUCUACGCUACCGCGCGCUAUACUUGCUUGCGGUGUAUGCGGUGGACGGCUUGGCCGGCAGCUUCAUGCACGUCGGCAUGCCCCAGUUCUUCAUCUCUCACACGCUCACAUACGCCGAGCUGGACACGCGCCAGCGUGCUGUCGUCAGCCUCGCGACCGUCGCGCGAAUUCUCGCGUCACUCGAGUUUGCACAUCUCCAGCUUGGGUUGAUGCUCGUCUCCAUCGGCGGGCUGUGCGGGCUCAAAGGCGAGUUGUGGGAGCCGUGGGGAUGGCCAGCAAUGUUCGGCUCGCUGCAGGACAUCUGGCGCAACCCCGGCCUCAACUACGUCUGGGCCCAGGCGUGGAACCAGUACUUCCGCAGGAUGUACCAAAUCUGGGCGUGGGUAGGUCUCGGCGAGGGCAUCCUCCGCCUGCCGCCGAGCGGGAAGCAGCUGAAGACCUGGGUGUCGGUUCCCGCCGCCCAACUUGCUCCCCUGGCGCCGCCCACGCCGCCUGCCUCACCGCCGCCCCGCGCGCCGCGCCGCGCAGGCCUAUGGGCCAACCUCGUCAAGUCAGUGCUGGUCUUCACAUUCUCGGGCGUGUUCCACGACAUCUCGUCCCUCGUGCUCCUUCUCGACGCGCUCGGGCGCGGCGAAUCCAUCGACCCACGACACGUGAUCAGCCUCGCGCCAUUCUUCAUCGUCCAGCCCAUCGCCAUUGCCGCAGAGGCCCUCCUCGUACCGCGCUACCGCGCGAUUAAGCGCGCUCGCGGCAUUCCACGGCACGGCGAAGGCGCGCUCCUCACGCUCGCGGAGCGCACGCUCGGCUUCGCGUACGUCUGGGUCUGGUUGGGCUGGACAGCCGGCUGGUUCGUCGAGGGCAUGGCGCGCCUGGGCGUAUGG